AUGGACCAGUCCUACGGGGAGGUCAACCAGCUCGGCGGGGUCUUCGUCAACGGCCGCCCGCUGCCAAACGGGCUCCGGAUCCGCAUCGUGGAGCUGGCCCAGCUGGGGGUCCGCCCGUGCGACAUCAGCCGCCAGCUGCGCGUGUCCCACGGCUGCGUGAGCAAGAUCCUCGCGCGGUACCACGAGACCGGCUCGGUCCUGCCCGGCGCCAUCGGCGGCAGCAAGCCACGCGUGACCACGCCGCACGUGGUGAAGAACAUCCGUGAAUACAAACAGGGAGACCCGGGGAUCUUCGCGUGGGAGAUUCGGGAUCGGCUCCUCGCGGACGCGGUCUGUGACAAAUACAACGUCCCAUCCGUGAGCUCCAUCAGCCGGAUCUUACGGAACAAGAUCGGGAACCUCUCCCAGUCGAACCAGUAUGAGAACCACCACACCAAGACCCACCCAGGCCCACUGGCCGGCAGCCCCGUGCACGCCUACGCCUUCCCGGGGCCCCUGGGGCCCUCACCGGGGAGCAAGGUCGGAGGGGUCUCCGCGACGCACGUGGGGCUCUCGCGGGCCUGGCCGUCCGUGCACACCGUAAGCAACAUCCUCGGGAUCCGCUCCUUCAUGGACCCUUCAGCUUCAUCCGGACCGGACGGAUACGCGCCAAUAAUGGAUGAGGGGGCGGGCAGGGCCGGCGCGUUCCCCUCCGCGCGCGCUGUCCACGUGGACAAGACCGCGUCAGACCCAGACGUCAAAUACUCUCAGUGCUCGUCGAACCUGUCCGGGUACGUGUCGACCUGCGCCUACUCGCCUCCCGGCCAGUACGGGCUCUACGGCGGGUCAGGGUACAUGAGCCCUGCUGGGGCGGGCUGGCAGGCCCAGAGCCCCGGCUUCAGCCACCCGCUAACCACGGCCUCACCGACCUGCGGAGACUUCCAUUCCGCGGGGCCGCUGAAGCAGAGACUCGGUGACCGGAAGCCGGUGGGGGGGCUCAGCAGGUAUCCCCCGGAGCAAGUGACCUGCCCCCAGCGCCUCUCGCCCAGCGGCGCCUCGUGAAGUCAGAAGAACCACUCGAAUGCUCGUUGAUCCGUGGAUGACGUCAUCAGAGUGACGACAUCGUGUCCGUCCCGUCGUGUUUUCCUGCAACCCCUUCAGCCUCGUGCUCAGGUGACCGCAGCUCCUCCUCGUCAUCGGCGGGUCCUCGUGGACGUUAAGGAAAAAAAACGUCCACGAGCUCCCGCGCGCUCUGAUCGUGGGGAGUGCUUGACAGACAUGGCGGCUUCCAAUGAUAUUAUUCUUAAUACGAUGCGUUAAAUGCAAAUGUAUUUUUAUGAAAUUAUUUGUUACUUAUGUUUGUUGUUCUAAAAUAAAGUUACGCAAUUCAAAGUGUGUCGACAUGUGA